CCAGGUUACAUUCCCCCAAUCCCGGACCGAGCCCCGUACCAUCGGGAAUCCCAACAAAUCAUCCCCCGGGCAUAAACAAUCGACCCACGUCUAGCACCCCAUUUUUCCCGGGGUCUCUGCGAGACAACAAAGAUCAGAUUGAUAUUGAUUUUUUUUCUUUCUUUCUUUUCCACGCAUUCUCCUUCCUAAAGAUUGGGUUUACCACCAACCUUUCUCUUCCCUGUGUGUAUACUCCUGUUUCGGUUGUGUCUCCAACAAGCCCUUGACGUCUGCUUUGUGACAUCAGGCAGAUAACGGUUGUUGUUGUUGGGAUUCGUCUCGAUCUAUCCUACUCGGUUUUUCUCUCCCCACCGAUUAAUUCCACCUCACAAGAUGGCUUCCGUCUCCUCUGCCCUUCCCGAGGGCAACAAGCCUGCCCUGCGCAGGACCCAAACCGAGGCCACCUCCGACUCAUACCCUGGUACCGCCGAUGCCUCUCCCUUUGACUCUCCUCUUGAGCGCUCGGCCUCCAACACCUCGCUUUCUUCCCUGGCCUCCGACAACGUCAAGACCGACAAGGCCGAGUUCGGCAAGCUGCUCGACACGUACGGCAACGAGUUCGAGGUCCCCGACUUCACCAUCAAGGACAUCCGCGAUGCCAUCCCCGCGCACUGCUUCGAGCGUUCGGCUCUUCACAGCUUGGCGCACGUCGCUCGCGACAUCAUCUACCUCACCGUCACUUUUUACGUCUGGAACAAAUAUGUCACUCCCGAGUACAUCCCCAUGAAGGCUGCCCGUGUCGUUCUCUGGGGUCUGUACACCUUCAUGCAGGGCCUUUUCGGCACCGGUCUCUGGGUUCUUGCCCACGAGUGCGGUCACCAGGCUUUCUCCCCGUCCAGGUUGAUCAACGACACCGUCGGCUGGGUCCUCCACUCUGCCCUUCUCGUCCCCUACUUCUCGUGGAAGUUCUCCCACAGCAAGCACCACAAGGCCACCGGCAACAUCGAGCGUGACAUGGUCUUCGUUCCUCGUACCCGCGAGCAGUUUGCUUCUCGCAUCGGCCGUUUGGUCCAUGAGAUUUCCGAGUUGACCGAGGAGACCCCCAUCUACACCUUGAUCCACCUUAUCGGUCAGCAGCUCAUCGGCUGGCCCAACUACCUCAUGACCAACGUCACCGGCCACAACUUCCACGAGAGGCAGCGCGAGGGUCGUGGCAAGGGCAAGAAGAACGGCUGGUUCACUGGUGUCAACCACUUCAACCCCACUUCUCCCAUCUAUGAGGAGCGCGAGGCCCCCUGGAUCAUCGUCUCCGACAUCGGUAUCGCCAUCGCCGCCACCGCCCUCAUCUACCUCGGCAACACCUUCGGCUGGUCCAACAUGUUCGUCUGGUACUUCCUUCCCUACCUCUGGGUCAACCACUGGCUCGUUGCCAUCACCUACCUCCAGCACACCGACCCCUCGCUCCCCCACUACACCCCUGAUCAGUGGAACUUUGUCCGUGGUGCCGCCGCGACUAUUGACCGCGAGUUCGGCUUCAUCGGCCGUCACCUCCUCCACGGCAUUAUCGAGACCCACGUGCUCCACCACUACGUCAGCACCAUUCCCUUUUACCACGCCGACGAGGCCUCCGAGGCCAUCAAGAAGGUCAUGGGCCGUCACUACCGCGCUGACGUCCAAGAUGGCCCCAUCGGUUUCAUCAAGGCCAUGUGGAAGGCUGCUCGUUGGUGCCAGUGGGUUGAGCCUACCGAGGGCGCUGAGGGUAAGGGCAAGGGUGUCUUGUUCUACCGCAACCAGAACGGUCUCGGUGUCAAGCCUGCCAAGCUCCCCAAGACCAACUAAGUAUUUCAAGAAAACGAUGGAUGGAUAAAAGUUCAAAAGACCCAGGUCGAGAAAGAUCGACUUGAGGCAGUGAUAAAAUUUUGAUCGGUUUGGCAUAGCCUGGUCACGCUCAGGACUACGUCCCCACAGGAGACAUGCACGGAUUGCUGUAGAAAUCUGGAAAGGUAUCAUAUCAACUUGUUUCCAGGAAAUCAACAGAAAUGAGCGGUUUGGGUCUUUGUCAUAUCGAUAUGUGGGAAUGGGAAUAGGAACGGGAAUGGGAACCGAUGAUUAUAAAAUCGAAUCGGAAAAAAAGGAUACCAAUCAAUGACGAGAUGUUUGCAAUAUUACUAGAGACAUCGUUUUCUUUCUCUCGCUUUUGUCUGUAUAGAUGUGGAAUGCAUAGACAGUAGUAAAAAGAAAGAAACCUAGAGAGAGGUCUGAUGGUCUGAAAUGAUAAGAAACAAAAGAAGAAUUAUCAAGU